ACCACAUUGGCGUUCGAUCCGAGCACGCAAGUGGUGUGUCGUCUCCUGUUUUUGAGGCGUGUUUCAGACGGACUUGUUUUGAAAACGUACCGAAAAUCCCGGGUUCUAUGGGAGCAUGGGGCAAAAUGAAGUCAGACGUUUAGCAGGUUAAAUAAGCUAACCAGAUAGCCAAUGUGGAGAGGCCUGCUGCUGAAGGGCGCCACCUGUCUCCAGCAGGUGUCAGCCCAAAGCUUUCUCCGUCAAAGAUAUUUUUCCUCCCAGUGUUUCAGACCUUUCACCUGCAGGUUCCUCCAUAAACUUCGUGAGAUACCAUGCAUCCCUAAGCUUAAAGGUACAGACCACUUCCUGUCGCACAACCUGAUCAGGACUUAUAAAAAGGAUGCCCAGUCCACUGUAGAGUUUCCUCUGAGUCCAAUCACAGUCACAGACAUCAAGCAGUACUUGCGCUCCAAAGACAUUCCCUUCCAUGAUGGCUACAGCUGUCUCCACAUCCCAAGCAUCUUCAUCAAUCCGUCCACGAGGAAGGACAGCUUCUCCCUGUUCAUCGACAAAACCACAGGGCAGUUUCUGUGCAAGGACACGCUGGUGGAGGGUAGUUGGGAGGAUCUCCAGGACUGUCUGGAGGUGAUGCAGAAAGACGAGGAGGACUCCCUCAGCCCUCGUGUGUUGCUGGGGUACCCGGAGAGCCUGGAGGAGCAGGAGGAGAGGGAGAGGGAGCUGAGGGAAGUGCAGGGCAUCUGGUCCAGCUCGGUGCCCUUGACAGAUCUCCAGGACGAGGAAGCUCAGCUGGUUAAAACCAUGUACCAGAUCACGAAGAUCUCCAAUGCAACCUUGAAAAGGUUUGGAGUGAGGCUCUUUAAGCCCACCAAGUGUCUGGUUUUCCCCUGGUUUGGUGGUCCCGACUCCUCCUUAAAGGGGAUCAAACUCCUCUCUGCCCAAAGAAUAGACGCAGAGAAAGUCACCUAUAAUGAAGCUACAGUUCCAAAGUCCAGCUCCUAUUUUAACUUGUUCGGCCUUCCCCUUGUGAGCCGAAUGGACUCAGAGGUGGUGGUGACCGGCUCUGAGUUGGAUGCUUUGGCCGUUAGCCAGGGCACGGGGCUCCCCAGCGUGGCUCUCCCCCGCGGGGUCAGCUGCCUUCCACCGGCCCUGCUGCCCUACCUGGAGCAGUUCAAGAGGGUGACGCUAUGGCUAGGGGGUGACAUUCGUUCCUGGGAGGCGUCAAAGAUCUUUUCGCGUAAGCUGGGUCUGCGACGGUGCACCCUGGUACGGCCGGGGGAGUUCCACCCAUGUCCACUAGAGGCGCUCUCCCAAGGGAAAAACUUGUCUCGCAUUCUCAAAGCCUCCAUCCCAGCAGCACAUAAGUCCAUUGUCUCUUUCAAGCAGCUCAGGGAGGACGUGUACGGCGAGCUGAUGAACACAGACCAGGUGGCUGGAGUUAAAUGGACCAGAUUUCCAGAGCUCACCCGGAUCUUAAAGGGACACAGAAAGGGAGAGCUCACAGUUUUCACAGGUCCUACUGGAAGCGGGAAGACCACCUUCAUCAGUGAGCUUGCCCUGGACCUCUGCAUGCAGGGCGUCAACACGUUAUGGGGCAGCUUUGAGAUCAACAACGUGCGCCUGGCUAAGAUCAUGCUGACGCAGUUCGCCAUGCAGAGGCUAGAGGAGAACCUGGAGCAGUAUGACUUCUGGGCGGACAAAUUUGAAGAGCUGCCGCUCUACUUUAUGACGUUCCACGGACAGCAGAACAUCAAGACAGUUCUGGAGACCAUGCAGCACGCCGUCUACCUCUAUGACAUCAACCAUGUCAUCAUUGAUAACCUGCAGUUCAUGAUGGGUCAAGAAAACCUCUCAGUAGAUAAGUUUGCUGUCCAGGACCACAUCAUUGGGGUGUUCCGCAAGUUUGCCACCAACAACAGCUGCCACGUCACGCUGAUCAUUCACCCGAGGAAAGAGGAGGACGACCGCGAACUGCAGACUGCAUCUAUCUUUGGUUCGGCUAAGGCAAGCCAAGAGGCCGACAACGUCCUCAUUCUGCAGGAGAAGAAGCUGGUGACGUGUCCCGGCCGCAGAUCCCUGCAGGUCACCAAAAACCGCUUCGAUGGAGAUGUUGGAAUCUUCCCCCUGGACUUCAUCAAGUCUUCGCUCACCUUUUCGACCCCCAUCAAAGGCAAGCUGAAGCUGAGGAAGGUCACCGCGAAGCCGGAAGACGAGGAGGAGGUCCAGGAGAAGGGGAACGAUGUAACUUUAAAGAAGGAUGAGGGGAAGAAGGAGAAGGCGACAAAAACAGCAAAGGCAUCACAAGCGGUUAAGAGCCCUGUUAAUGGAAGUGGGAAAGCAAAGUGAUGAUGCAAAAAUGGGUUUUAAAAAUGGAGUGAACCCUAGACAUUUAAAAUUCUUGAAGUUUAACUAAGCUAACUGUAAAUUACUAUAGUACUGUGCAAAUGCUGUGAGUCAUCCCUUAUUUUUUUACAUUAAGCUUAUAAGGAGGUCAAACUUCUCGUAAUCUUUUGAAAGUGAUCCAGAUCAAUAUUUCCUUACACUUUCUGAAGGCCUGAAAAGUCUUUGGCUUCUUUCAUUUUUAGGUCCUGUGGCAGAUUGUUUGUAGGAUUGCUUUUUAUUGUUUACCCUCCAGUUCUCGCUGCAUGAUACAUUAUCAUGCUCAGAUAGAGGGACAUAGAGGUUUUUCAUGUUGGUCCAAACAUGAAACAAUGAAGUGCAGAAUAUACCUUUUGCUCUUGUGUCACAAUUUUGUAUUUUUCCAUAUUUAAUAAUCUCCUGGCCAUCUGGGGAUGAAAGUUCAAAGCCCUGUCUGUGAGAGCCCCCUUGUGGUCAUAUUUUUGUUAGAUGAAUUGGUCAGAAGCAUUUUAGACGUACUGAAAAGUAUGAUUUAAAUCCCUUUUGGAAAUACAAGAAAACCAAGUAAAGAUGGAAUUCCUACCGGAAAGGUCAGCGCUGAGUUCAAUAUCUAAUAUGGCAUCUGCACAUAUAAAACAUAGUGAGUUACAGGUAUAAGCUAUUUGUUAGCAUUCUGAUGGCUUGUAUCUCAUGAAACCAGAGACACAUGGCAUGUGGACAUGUUUGAAUGUAUAAAACAUAUAAACCUGAGAGAAAUGCGUUGCUAUCGUUGUGCAUGGCUUAAAGUAGUUAGCACCACAACAGUUAGCAAAUCUUACUAGUUUUCAAACUUGCAACAAGACUGUGCUCAACUUGGACACGAUCUGAUUCCUAGAUCUGACCUAUACAUGCCUUGAAGCUCUAGAGGAAGAUGCUCUCAAAGAGAGAUUGUACAGUGCUCAUUGAGCCUCUGGUUUAAUUAGAUGCAAACCAUCAGAAGAUUUUAUUUUGAUGAUUAUGGCAUAUAUCUAAGAAAAAAACAAAGUCCAGUUUCUUAGAAAGCUUUAUUCAUCACAUUUAGCUGAAAGAAACACUUGUAUGAAUUUAUAUAUGAUGAGUUUAAAUCGAAUUACUGAAACUUUUCAUCGAUUUUUCUAAUUUCUAAAUGCACCUGCAUUUACCUAAGUGUAAAAGUAGUAAUAACAUAAAGAAUGUAUUUGUGAUCUGAACCUGGGGUUGACUUUGGAGCUCUGCUAAAUUCAGACAUUCAGGCCUCGUUCUACCUCCAAUUUUUAGGCUUGGAAGCCAGAAAUACUUCCUUUUGAGUACAAUUCAAGGUCAUCAUUGUUAUCAGACCAUUGCAAAGACCUGUGUAGCACUUGUGCACAUCUCUUGCAAGUAGUGCAAAUGUGUGGUAAACAUUUUGUCUCAUGUUGCAACACUUUCUGAGUGGUCCAGAAAAUGUUUGUCACAGUGCAUCAGAUACCUAUAUGUUGUUAAAUUUCCUAAAGUUCUGGAAGAUAUGCAGUAGUAUUAUGGGUAUCUAUUUGGACAUAGAUUGAAGGAAACAUGUUGGUAGAAAAUAAACCAAUGGUGUGUUUGAAAUUUACCAUUUCAUUCAAAAUUCCUUGAUUAGAUUAUGUUUUCUUAAACUGUGAAACUAAGAUCCACUGCUUUUCAAUUUAACACUGUCACCCUCUUCAUUGCCGCAAUGUGUUCUCUCUUUACUGAUUUUUAUUUUUUACAAAUGUUAUGUAUCAAGAUUUAUUAAAAAGGCCGUUUCCUACGGAAAA